UCUUCUCCUCUUGCUCUUUAAACCCCUCUAAACUUGGAACCUGAAUUAUUCAACAGCAUCCUUUGAAUCACGUCCCUGACACGUUCCUGCGGCACAUCUUCCUUCUGCCAGCUUCUCAAACGUUACCCAAAAACCUGUAGGUUUGUGCAGCUGGUGCAGUGCUCCAGGGAGGGUGGAGCUGUCCUGAAGGUGCCCAGCUGAGGGAAGCCUCGAUCAGGCAGAGCCGUGCUGCUCCCUUUCCAGAGUGGGGACAGAUCUGGUGCAACUGCUGGUGCUCCGCUUGCUGCUACUUCAGAACCUGCCCUAAAAAUAAAGCCCUGGGCCAGGCAGCGGGAGGUAACUCUAUCUCCGCCAGCCCUAUCUCAGCUUCUUCUGAGCUCUGUUUGGGCAAACGGCGAGCAGCAUACCUGCCACCAGAAUGGCUGAGACCGACGUGCAUCUUGGUCAACGAUUCUGACCUGCUGAAGGUUGGCCUUUGCCAACCCUGCAGCGCUGUUCUGCCUCAUGCGUCGCUGAUGGUGUUUUUGGUUCUUGGCUUCCAGUGAGAAUUUCAGAAGCAGGGGAAGAAAUUUGACUCUUGCAUCCCAGAGGGAGUCUUUGAAGUUGGCAGUAAGAACAAUAUUCUUUUUGAUCUGCUAGCUGAACAGAUUAGGCCUGGUGAAAUGACGUUGAAGCGGGAACCUGGCCUAGGGCUGCCUUGGUGGCCUGCCUGCCCUUAGUCGGUGGCUUGCUAGGUUCUCCCAUAUGUGUCAGAGCUUAAACUCAGGCUUCUGAGUCUCCAGUAAGGCGUGGAAAUAAGUGGUCCCACGUGCCACCGUUCCCUGGCCUGGGGGUGUUUCGAUUUGCAGAUGGGGAUAGGUUUAUCCGGGGAUUAGCUGUCAAAAGCUGCAGAUAGGCACCCGGGGGGAUUUGCAGAAUGCAUUCCAGCAGGUUAGAGGCCUGCGCCAUUGGAAAAAGCUUUGAGAAGCUGCAUCUUCAGCCACCUGCUGCCUUUGUGAGCCAGGCUGCUGUUGCUGAGAGCUGCCUAACACUUGCCCUUUCCAUCAGGCUGCCGAGGGCAGUCGCAGGCCAGGCUUUGUGAUAUCGCUAUCAAGAUGGCCGGUAUUGCGAGAGACCCCUUCAAACCUCAGCUGCAGAGUUUGGGGGCAGGAAAUGGGACUUGAUCCUCUGCAUGCUAGGGGCAAACUUUCCCACAGCUGACUGAGCUCAGGCUUGGCGGGAGGCUGUCAUUCUUGGGAGGCUCCUGGUAUGCCGUAAGCUUUGUGCUGAGCACUCGGAAUGGGCAGCGCUGCACAUGAGGCUCUUGCUGCAAUGCUUAGAUGUCUGCAGAAGGCUUCCUUGAGGACAGCUUGUGCAAGGCUCGGGCCCAAGCGGAGGCCCUCCACAUUGGGGAUGUACACUUUUCUGUCAAGCCUGGUUCUAGCACCUCAUCUCCCAAGCUCCACUCCAGCGCCGCAGUGCACCGGCUCAAGAAAGACAUCCGGCGAUGCCACCGCAUGUCCCGGCGUCCCCUGCCCCGUCCCGACCCCCAGAAUGGUGGUAACGUGGGCGGUGGGGCCGGCAUCCGUCCCCCCGUCUCACCCUUCUCGGAGACCGUCCGCAUCAUCAACCGCAAGGUGAAACCCCGUGAGCCCAAGCGCAGCCGCAUCAUCCUCAACCUCAAAGUCAUUGACAAAGGUGGGAAGCCGGCCAACGGGGCCGGGGCCCUGGCUCGACCCAAGAUCCCUUCCCGAAACCGCGUCAUCGGUAAGAGCAAAAAGUUCAGCGAGAGCGUCCUCCGCACUCAGAUCCGCCACAUGAAGUUUGGCGGCUUCUCGCUUUACAAUAAGCCGUCCGCUGCGCCCGCCCCCUCUCUGGAGGGCAAGGGGGAGGCUGAAGGCUCCCAGGCAGCCUCCUGUGGGCUUAUGAUGGGCUCCACCCCGUACGAUGCCCCCAGCUCCAGCUCCUCUGGCUGCCCGUCGCCUGCACCCCACUCCUCCUCUGACCCGGAUGAUUCCCCUCCGAAGCUGCUCCCCGAGACCCUCAGCCCGGCCAUCCCCGACUGGCGCGAGUCAGAGGUCCUCGACCUCUCCAUCCCACCUGAGUCAGCUGCCACCAGCAAGCGUUCUCCCCCCGGAGGCUGCAGCGGGGGGCAGACGCCCUCCUUGCCCCUUUCCUCUUCCGACCCGGAGCUGGAGGCUGGCGACUGGCGUCCCGAGAUGUCCCCUUGCUCUAACGUGGUGGUCACGGAUGUCACCAGCAACCUGCUCACGGUCACCAUCAAGGAGUUCUGCAACGCGGAGGAUUUUGAGAAGGUGGCAGCGGCGGGUGGCGGGGGAGGCGGCAGCAAGUGAGCCAGCCAGGUCCCCCUGCUCCAGGGGUGUGGGGGCUCUACCUGCGAGAAGUCGUGGUGUGAAUGGCUGUCCUUGGUUCUCUCCUUCUCCCCUGCGCUGUCCCUCUGCCCUCACGGCCACCCUUCCCCCUCUCCUCCCCUCCUGUCCGGUCCCUCUGGUGCAGAGGCCAGAGCGUUGCAGUGGGGGGGGUCAGGAGGCAGGGUGGGCCGUGGUGGGGCCGAGGAGUGGUUGUUUGUCCUUGAAUGUGGUGGUGUCCAACUGGCGGCGGAGCCUUUGGGGUGAGCGUGUUUCUGUGUGCCUGUGGGGUGGCGGGGUGCUGCUCCUCCACCCCUUCCCCUUCCAUCUUUGAGUAAAGAGGAGCUCCAGACCCUCAAGAGGUGGGUGAAAGGAGGGCUGGGGCCCACACCCCUGAGCCUUCUCCUGCAAGGUGCACACGGUCUCUUCCGUUCCUGUAUUUUUCCCCUGCCGUGACCUGGAUCCUACCGUCCUUGCCUUCCUUGGCCCGUGGCCUGGAUCUGCCAUCUCUGUGCUGCAGUGGCAGAUCCACAUGUCCCACAAGGAGGAGAGGGGUGGGAGGUGAAGCGUCAUGGCUGCAAGGUGCUCAUGACAAAGCUGGGGUGGCUGGGAGAGCCCCACGCAGCAAACAUCCCAUGGUGGCUUCUCUGUUCCUGCAACUAUCGGUGCUACCUUGGCAGUUGUAUGGUCACUUUCGGGCAGCCUGGUUUCUCCUCUUCUCCUGCAUCUUCCAGCAUGCUCAGCUUUGCAGGUGGAAUGGGAGAGAAGGGGAGCCUGCCUCCAGCCAAACCUUCCUCCCGGCAUUCAUCACUUGCACUUGUUGGGGGAGAGGGCAUCAAAUGUCCCCUCUCCUCCCCCCCCCCCCCCCCCAGCCCUUCUAUGGUGGGAGUGGGAGCACCCGUCUUUCAGUCUGGGAGGAGAUGGUGGUCUCCUGCCUCCUCUGCAAGCUUCCCCUGAACCUUUUUGCUCCCUCAGAGGGAAGGAUGGGUGCUAAGUUGGGUGGUGUGCUCUUCCCACUCCCUCUCAUCUCUCCUGCUCCCCUCUCUGUGUCUAAGGUGUCCUGGAAGGAGUGUUCCCCUCUGUUUUUCCAGGAUCUGAAAUGGCCCCUUACAACUGCCACCAAAGGUGCUAACAAGAAAUUAUUCUCACAUCAUAAGCAUGUGUGCUGGCUCUCUCUGAGAGCACCUCUGGGUUGAUACAGACAUUCCUUCUCCUUGGCCCUUGCAAGUAGGAGCAAGUGAGAUCACAGCUGUUUCUCUGAUGCUCUUGUCAUGCCCAAAACGAGCUCUCUCCUCUACCUGCCACUUCUGGCUUGCUUACCUCCGUGCCACCCUAAGUGUCAUGGUGAGAUGCCGCUCCUUCCUCUCCCUUCUCUACUUGCAUGUGGCUGUGCUGUAGGGGCGAGGAAAAGGUGCUGAUGGAUCAACCCGUGGGUGAGCCUCCCCUCCUGACCGUGUCCCCACUGCUGGGAUUGGGGCAGGGGGGUUUUACUUCUACAUCUGUGGUGCAGAGGUGGGAAAGGGUGGAGAGAAUUCCCCACUCUGAGGCCUGCAACUGUGCGCUGAGCGGGUGAACACGAGCGGAGCUGACCCUUUGGUGCUUCUGCAUGAGGAACAGGGCGCUGGCAGCUGACUGCCCCGGGCAGUUCUCCUGCCUGGAGCUGUCAUUUUGUGGUCUGAGGGCAGCAGCGAGGCGGUCUGUGGGAAAGAACUGGGGCAGCAGAAGGGCUGACCGACCGCUGACUGUAAUUAGAGCCUCUCUAAUUGCAGCUCCUCAGUCGGUGCGGUGAAACCCUCGCUGCCUGCCCACAGCCAUGCCUCGCCACAGGUGGGAUUUGUGUUGGGUUCAAGGGGGCUCCGGGUGCUGCGUGCUCCACCCUUGGCACGCCUCUUCCUUUCUCUUCCCUCGUUUUAAGAGCUCGGCGGGUGCUUUGGGAAUGCAGCUGCAUUCACAGCUGAAGCCAGUGGCAGGGAGAAAGAGACUUCCCCGAUCCAUUCACCCAAGCUAAGGCUUCCUAUAACGUGUUGGACUCGUGUGCGUGUCUGUAUUAAUACCUGCCUGUAUUCUUUGUGUCUUUACUUUUGCAUCUUUCCUGUGCCUGGCACACCCGGGGUCCCUUAUUUGAGCAUAGCCUAUCCACUGCUUCAAGGACGAGCAGUCCGUAGUCCUGGGGAAAAGCUCUUUGGGGAAGCAGCAAGGAGAUGCUUCUCUUUUUUUUUUCCCCUUCUAAGCAACGACAAGAAGAAACCACAACUAUUUGGAGGCUGUGGGAUAAGAGGAGCUUUGUGGGGUGGAUGCAAACCGGCCUGUCACCUUAGGUUGUUCAGUUGCUGUUUGGUGUGUAUGUGGUGAUGUGUUUUGUUCUGUGAUAAUGAGGUUCUGAAACAAAUCGAAGCGUUUAAGUGGGAGAUAAAAAGGGAACUUUAAUAGGAAACUCUCGAUGUGUUGUGGCCAAGGUGCGUUCACUUGGCAGACUUCUUUUCUCCAGUGUCUCUUAUAUGGUGUUCUUUGGGGGCGGGGGGCAGGAACUGCGUAGUUGAAGGGGUUUUGCCUUUCUCCGGAGUGACAAGCAAAGGGGACCGUCUGAAGAGCACACGGUGGGUCGCGGUAGGGGUGCCGUCGUGGCGGGGGAACUCGUGCGGUAGAUCCUCUUUGCGGAGGAGGAAAGGAGUGCCAUCCAGCGUGCAGACACAGCUCAACCGCCUGCGCGACGCGUCGCUCCCCGGGCGCGUCGCCAGGUGGGAAUCAAACCCUGAACCUCUGGGUCUGGAACACAGAUCCCGUGCUGCUUCCAGGUAGAGGCUGCUAUCUGGAAGUCUCCAAGUGCCCUCGGGUGGACGCGCCGCUUGGGGCCGACCAACCGACCUUCGUAUUCAUGUGGGUUACGCUCUUCCUCCUCAGUUCUUGUCCUCACUCUUUAAUGGAGAUGGGAAGAAAGAUCCAUCCGCGCCCUUUGGAAAGGGGCGUGAGGUUGAGGGGAGGAGUUCAUUUGAAAGUAUCCCCUUCCCUUCCCCGUACACCCUAGGAAAAAAACAAAAACAAAAACAGGGAGAUCUUCUCUGUGUCUGUGCCAUGUUUGUUAUCUCGUCGUCGUGUUUUUAGAGGAGAUUUUAUGAUGGAGUGGAAAAAGUGAAAUGAUUAGUUUUGCAUAAAAAAAAGAGAAAAGCUCAAAAAAAAAUUUCUACAGGGAGAGAGAGAGCGAGAGAGUUUAAAAAUGAAUAAUAAAUGCGGUGAUUGCACAAACUGUAGCGGUAUUAGGCGGUCCUUAGAGAAAAGAGUAUUUUGUAGUAUCGAAGCAUGUGUGUCUGGGAUGGAGUUUGGUUGCUUGAACCGGAGGGAAAGGCAUUCUGGGACUGGCAGCGAUCUCCGAGCGGAGAAGGCGAGUUGCGUGUUGGAGGAACCCCGUCUGUCUGCAGCCCCCCUCCGCCCGUGCUUCCCACGUGUCGGAGUUCCCUUCCCUCCCAUUCCUCUCCUGUGAGCUAAGGUGGAGUCUCCAAAUGGUUUUUUCCGGCCGAGCGGCCCUCAGCAGCGGCUGCUCCCGGCCCACCACAUGGAAACAGUUGACUUUAUUUGCAUGCACAGCAAGCUGCUGAGAUUUGGGGUCAGCAUGUUACUUUCCUGCCAGAUCGCCGCCUCUUCUCUUCUCCCUUCACCUUGUCAGAGCAGGAUGUAGCGCGGUGGACUCAUCUGGGAAUGGGAUGCACCUCUCCUACGUAGGGUCUUUUAAACUGAGACAGGAGAGGUCUAGGUUAGAUAUUAGGAGGAAGUUUUUCACUCAGAGGGUGGUGACGCACUGAACAGGUUGCCCAAGGAGGCUGUGGAUGCCCCAUCCCUGGAGGCAUUCAAGGCCAGGCUGGAUGUGGCUCUGGGCAGCCUGGUCUGCUGGUUGGCGACCCUGCACAUAGCAGGGGGGUUGAAACUCGAUGAUCAUUGUGGUCCUUUUCAACCCAGGCCAUCCUAUGAUUCUCCCAGUGUCGGGUAGGGAAUGUCAGUUUUCUUGCCGGAUUCACCAUGUCAGGACAGAGAACCCAGCCCCAUCAGUGUGUCCCAUUGCUGACUGUCGCCACGUCCUCAGGGCAGGUGAAGGAGCUGCCUCAUGCACUCAGGCUUUGCCGAGGUUGAGAUGCCCACCCUCUUCUCCAUGCUCUUUCUGGGGAGGGGAGGGCUCCGACGGGGUUUUGCUUGCGCGGGACCACAUUCUUCCACUCCAGCUUAUUGGAGUUGUCCUAAUGUUGUCCUAACAUUUCAAAGCAAGGAGGUGCACCGUUGUGCACUGGCUUCCCCAUCUGAGAUGGUCAUGUGUUCAUCUGGUGUGGGGAGAAGGAAGCCACCAGCUCUAGGGGACACUGGGACAGAUUUUCUCACCUGGACUUCUCUUGGCUUAGCAGCGGAAGGCAAUGGACGUACUGCUGCCUCCCGCAGCCUGGGCUGCUCCUGGGGAUUUUCUCUUCUCUCUGAGCUCUGUCAGUGCUUCCCACACCUUUCAGCUUGGACCCGCCGCCUCCUGGCUCGUGCUCUCCUCGCUGAGCAAAGCGGGACCGGAGAGGCGUGCAGACAGAGAUGCAAGCUCCUUUUUGGGAUGGAAAACGAGCAGGCUGUGGUGAGCCGCUAUUGCGUUUUGUUUUCAGCAGAGAAAAGGGAGCAUUUCUCCAUGUCUCCCCUUUCUGAAGUUCCCAGGGAGAUUUAUGAAAUAAUAAUUGAAAGGCAAAACAAAACACCACCAAUCCUGCUCUUCACCAGGUAGGAGCUGUCUCUGAGCUGAGUCUUCCUAGGGAUUCCACUCCCUUUCCCAGCCCUUCUCCACGGAGAAGGCUCCAGCAGCUCCCGGCGCUCGGAGGUGGCUGCAUCCCAAUCCCUCCUGGCAGGGACAGGAAUGUCUUCCCUGGGCUCUGCCCUGCUGAGGGACGCUGCCCCAGGUCCCCACGCUCCUGCCUACCAUGGGGCAGAGUGGGAGCGGAUCCUCCCCCCAGGGAGGUGUAACAAACCUGGAGUGCGUGCCUGGCUACGUGCUGAUUUUCCCCUUCCCCACCUUCCAGUGAGACCUUUCCCUUCUUGCCUGGCGCAUCCUUUUACUCCAAUGUCGCUUGCUUUUUGCUGCAUCUUUCAAUAGCCCAAUAAUCGUGCAAGAGCUGGGAUCUUAUUUACUUUUUUAUAUAGAAAUCUAUAAAAGAAAUGCCCCCUUCCCUCUCCCCCCACCCCCUUCUCCCCACCGCCCUCCUCCACACCGUGCUGCCGAGGGCUGGCUUUGGGGCUGGGCAUUAGGGGCCGCAGGGCUCUGCUGGGGGACAGAGGAGGGCUGAGCAUGGCUUUGGAAAUGCCCUUCUCCGUGCUUCCUGUCCCAUGUGGCUCCAGCAAGCAUCUCGAUGCUGUGGGUUUGAGCAAAUAAGUGGCUUUAUUUUUAAUUUUUUUAAUUACUUUUUUUUUGUAAGGUACUCCCCAGAGCACAUGGUUUCUUUUCAGGAGGGACAGAUGGGAGGAGACGGACUGUCUCCAUCCUUGCCCGUUCCCCCUUUGCUCAUCCAUCCAUCCAUCCAUCCACCCAUCCAUCCAUCCUCUGCUUUCCUUCCCACAUGGGGUUUGGUCCCCAUCUGUGCAGGGCUUGGGCUUCUUUCUCCUUUCCAUACAGCUUUCUCCUCCCAGCAGUGAGAGGUUCUGCCCCCAGCCCUGCUGGGAAGCACACAGGCUCUGGCCAUGCUCUCGGGCAGAGCCCCUAUUUCAGGAUUGUUUUUCAUUCGUUUUCUUUCUGCACAGAUAGCCGCCCAGCGGUGACAAAGGACAGGGCCCUGCCUCAUCCAUUUCUCCCUCUCGCCCUCCCCAGUGCCAAGCAUAGGCUGAAACCCCACAGAUUCUGAGCUGUGGCAGCACCGGAGCCCUUCUCCUCCUCAUAGAGAAGGUCAGAGCUGCUCCCAGAGCGCUGGGGGCUCCAGUGCAGCCCAUCCAUCUCCUUAUCUUCCCUCACUCAGCAUAUAGAGUGAAGGCGGUCAUUUUUUUUUUUUCUCUGUUGUCGUUUAAUUUAAAACAAACCUAAAUAUGUAUCUUUUUAUUUUUAAUUAUUACUUUGGAGGAAAAAGAAAAGCAUAUAAAAAACGGUGCACGGAUGAAUUGUAUAUCUAUAUAUCUUUGUUUUUCUUGUCUCGCAGUUUCCAUUUUUCAAUAGAGCGUUUGCCUUCGUUGUUUUCUGUUCCAUCCAGUUCCCAGCUGGCUAAACUCUGAGCGGAGGGGGGUGGGGGGCACAGUGGGGGGCGAUGGGAUCGCCCCUUCCCCGCUGCCCCCGCACGGAAGCGGUUGGCUCCAGGUUUGGGGGUGGGGGUUGUGCUGAUGACUCUUGUAUUCUCUUGUACAUUUUGUUCUUUCUGCUGCUCUUGAAUAUUGUAUCGAUGCCAGAAAUGGGGAGUAAAAAAAAAGAAAAAAAAAUUCAAAAAAAAAAUUUAAAAAAAAGGAAAAAAAAAGACCAAAAAAAAAAUAAAUGAAAUAA